AUGCAAGCAGUUGUCGCACUAUGCCAUUUUUGUGAAAAUCAUGGACCAAGAGUUGUUAUGACAUGUCAGCCGAUGCGAGAUGUAGAUGAUAAAGAUUCUUCUUGCAAUCCUUCAACGUCAUUAGGACCGUCCACGAGCAAUGGCCCAUCUGGACCUAUUGUACCACUAAUAAAACUUGAUGGGGACUGUGAAGCGUUUGAGAAAAAUCAGUCAAAGUCAGAAGAUGGCACCGCAUACCCUCAUUAUGGGAACUGUACAAAGUAUACAAUUGACACAGAGGACAGGUGUUCUGCAUGUUCCUCGUUUCGAAACGGACCAUGUUUAUUAUCAAAUGAUCACCAAACACGGACAAGUUACAUUUCAUCAGAGGUAGCUCUACAAGAGCGUGUAUAUGAACGAGUGAAAAAUGCGUGUUUGCGAUCUCUGAGUUGUGAAGUAUCGGCCGCUUCGAAAAGGAAUCCGGUGCCGCCACCGCCGCCUCCGUUAUCAAGGCCUACAACACCGCGACGGUGGCAUCCACAAGUGAUACACGAAGAACCGAUAAACGGAACAAGGAUUCCACCAUCUGCCGCAGUACUUCAAGAACCGAGCGAAGAUGGCGUGUUUGAGCAGCCAGCUGCAGAAGAGGCUGAUGGAUGCGUUAUAUUUGGAGACAUGGACAAUGGUUACUGCUUCGCAUUCAUUUUUCGGUUAGCAGAUGCAAAAGCAAGAGGGUUCUAUCGAUUGUUUUCACUAAUUGUCGUCAGCAAUGAUCUAACAUUUCUAACGAAUAACUUUGAAUACUUCAAAACGACAUUAGGCGGAAUAAAAACAGAUUUGCAGAAAUUGGCCCAAGAUGUGUUUAAUCGAGAGAUCGAUACUGGAGAAAAACUAACAGAAGAUGACAUACACAAGCCAGAAUAUCAGAAGUUAGUUGGUAAAAUGCCCAGCUGGUACAGGAGGAAGAUAGCAAUCGAGACGGAUCGAAAUUUGACAGUGGUGACAGCGAGCGAAGGAAUCUGGGUGCAAUUACAUAGGCAUAUGAUGUGGACUCUUCGUGCUCCAACUCUUGCGUGUCGUGAUCAAGUUAUGGAAGGAAAACCGACGCAGGAUAUGAUGGUUCUCUUGGAAUUGGACGAAUCUCAAAUUGUGGAGCUUGAAUUGCGACAUCCAAAUCAGCAUUUGAACAUCCCUCCAUCUUUUAUGAUGCGUGUUCAUGAAAAGAGCGAGACGGCUCUUGCAACGAGACCAGAUAAUUUUGAAGGGUUGGAGAAUGAAGUCAUCAAGGGAGAGGUUUCGAUGGCUCAAUUGGCCAAUCUCAAGAUCAUCGCCAACAACUUGAACGCUUGCAGCGAACCAGGAGAUCUGGAUCUUCUUAUCCGUCACAUCGUUACUGGAGGACAGGUGGUUGUGGAAUCUUGCGAGAAGGAGUAUUGCCGUCAAUUCCUGCUUGCAAUCUCGAAUCUUCUUCCAAUCGGUUGCAUCAAACUGGCGACAUACAAGGAGCAAUACCUGCCAGAAUACAGCUCUCGGUUCAACUUGAUCGGUGGACCACACAAUAUGGAUAUUCCUCUUGAGGUUUCCGAUGUUAUUGUGUUCCGUGUCUCGCCACGCGAUCUUUCGGUCGUCGAAACGGAGAAGAUGUCUCUCACGAACUGUGUCAUUGAAGUUCGUCGCCGUCCGGAAAACGAUGGAUCAAGUGGACCACUUCCACAAAUUGUCAAGCGCUACCGCGAUCUGCUUCUCGAUGCUGACGUCAAGGACACAAUUCUGGAAACGGUGCUCCGUACCACUCGUGAAGGAUGGAUGCACAAAGCUAAGAUUUGUUUCCAGAUGAAACACCAAUUGCCAGGACCAGAAAUUUUCAAGUACAUCACUGGAUGCGGUGUUGAGGAUCGUCAGGUAGUUAUGUAUUGGACUGCUGGACUUUCGGAUGCUUACAAACAGCAUGUUUUGUCGACAAUCCAGCAGACUCGUAACACUGCUUCUGGAUCGUUCUCUGCAACUACUCGCUGA